AUGUUUGAUGCUGUUUCAGGUGAGCGGCCUUUCCACUGUAACCAGUGUGGUGCCUCAUUCACCCAGAAGGGGAACCUCUUACGGCACAUUAAACUGCACUCGGGUGAGAAGCCUUUCAAGUGCCCAUUCUCUGUAACUACGCUUGCCGUCGGCGAGAUGCUUUAA